AUGUACGAUCUUGACGAAGAAACCAUUGGCCGUAUUGAUUUCCAAAACCAAGUGCAAACCCUCAUGGAGGAACUAGAAUUCCUGCGCAGGUGCGUCUUUUGA